AGACACCUUGUUGUUGUGCCCUGGGCAUUUGAAUCGGAAAAGCUCUGCUAAAUUUUAAAGUCCACGUACUAUCCUAAGCUGAACAUGGCGUUUCGUAUAAGAGCGUGUAUUUGGUGUGUGGUUAUUUGUGCUGCAGUGAUAGUGACAGCGCAGGACUUGGACUCAGAUAUCGCCUUGUCAAAGAGGGGAGACAGCUGCUCAACCAACCAGCAGGUCCAACAAGUUAUCACCCUUCAAAACGACGUCUUGAAAGUGCUGAAACGCGUGUUCAAUUUGCAAGACCUACGCCCUCAGCCAACAAGAUGGCAAAUCGUGACAAGAAACGACAUACAACGCAUAACCCGUAAUGGCGUUACAGUCACGGAAUCCACAGAUGGACGCGGGGGAGUGGUGGUGAGUGGACAAGUUACAAUGGAUGGGUCUGGCUGUGGUAAUCCUGACUCCGCCUUACAAAUCCUCAUACGCGGGGAAUGGACACAAAUUCGUUACACGCAAGAAUUCUAUGGUGCGGCGUCAUGCUGGUCAAUCUUUGGUCGUGGCAGCAACCUUGAGGUUUUUGACGAGACGAAGGGAGACGCAAUAUUUGACCAGCUCCACAUGAACAACAAAAACAACAAUACCGCGUUUGAUGGAAAAGAUCAACGUUGUGACAACGACGCUGACAAUUUCUGGCACACACAAAACGGCCAGGGCCUGAGGCGAGCUACCGUCAUGCUUCGCAGGAACACGGCCAAAGAGCUUGCUGGGAUAGUUACCACAACGGGCUGCGGUACACCGCGUUACGUCAUCAAGAACAUCUACGUGCUGCAAUAAUUAGUACAAUCAAAACAUUGUAUGCACAUAUUAGCGAUAAUGGUUAAGAUAAAAUAAAAAUAUCAAGAAAAUUGUCAUUUUUGCCAAAAGCGGGCACUUCCAUAUAAGGAGACUAAUAUAUUCCUAAUUUGAAAAAACUGAAUGAUUUUUGUCAUUUUUAAGGUUGCCGUAUCGCAGGGCCUUCGUAAACUUUAAGAUUUGUAAUCAGAAGAGAAAAACAGUGACUGUAUCCAUCUUUAGUCAAUGGAGAAAUCUCGGAUAAGAAACUGAGAUUCCUCGAUACCAGACCCCCAAAACGACAAAGUUUUCUUUAUACAUAAGUAAACUACAUUAACUGAUAAAAGCAUGUAGAGCAGGGGGAAAAUAAGAAAUAAAGGACUUGUAAGGUG